UAUAAAGUAGUUAAAGUUUGUUAGAAGGUUGUUACAAGCUUUGUAUAUAAGCUACUAUUGGGCUUGCUUCUCAUUCAAGAAAUUGAGUUAAUAAACACAAUUUUCUUCGAUUCUCUCUCUCUCUAAAUUCCUAAUUCUCUCAAGGUUCUUCAUGGUAUCAGAGCUGAAAUCUCGUUUUUGAGAUUUAGGUUUUCGAUUUUUGAUCUGAAAUUUGUGCAUCACAACAGUUUCAUAUCACUUGAUUUGCUGCGAAGUUUCUUGCUGAUUGCGAAACUUCUUGCUCGAUUAUGUGACUUUGAUUGAGUUUGUUUGAGUUGAUUGAUGCAAUGGCGACUGAUGGAUCUGAAACUAAUAAUGAUUCUCAUCUGAACAAUGGUGAAAAUGGAGGUAAUCUUGAUCCUUAUUUCAUAGCAAAUUCAGAUAGUCCAACUGCUUCUCUGGUUUCUGUAGUUUUUAAUGGCAUGAAUUUUAUGCGAUGGAAGAGAAAUGUUAUGAGAGCGUUAGUUGCUAAGAACAAAGAAGGAUUUGUAAAUGGUGGAAUACUGAAACCUGCUGUGAAUCACAAAGACUAUCAUAAGUGGAAACGUGCUGAUUUUAUGGUAGUAAGAUGGAUUCUGAGUUCUAUGAGCAAUGAAUUAGCUGAUGAUUUUGGUUAUAUUGAUAAUGCUGUGGAAUUGUGGAAGGAAUUGAAUGAAAGAUUUGGACAGUCUAAUGGUCCUCUGAUCUAUCAGCUGAAAAAGGAAAUUGAUAGCUUAAAUCAGGAGAACAUGACAAUUGUUACCUAUUAUGGUAAACUGAAGAAACUAUGGGAUGAGAUGCAAAGUUUGAGAGCUUUUCCUACAUGUGUGUGUGGAGCAUUGAGUAGCUGUAGUUGUCAAAUUUUGAAAAAGAUGGCUGAAUUUGAGGAAGAAGACAAGAUGAUGAAAUUUUUGCUAGGAUUAAAUGGAGGAUUUGAAGGCACUGUGACAAAUGUGUUGGCUAUGGAUCCUCUGCCAAGCAUAAAUAGGGUGUUUGCCAUUACUCAGCAGAUUGAAAAGCAGAAAGAAGUCAACAAUGGCAAUGCUGAAGUCAAUGCUAUGAAUAGCAGUGCUAUGGUUGCUCAAUCAUACAGAGGUGGACAAUCACAGAAGUACAGCAGUGGUAAGAAAGACUGGAAAGAAACCAAGAAAGAGAAGAUGUUCAAGGUUUGUACUCAUUGCAAAGGGAAAGGGCAUACUGUUAAUCAGUGUUUCAAGCUCAUAGGAUAUCCUGAUUGGUAUAAUACUAUCAAGGCUUCUAAGGGGUCACAAUAUCAAUCUGAUGGAAGCAGAAUGGCAGCUAAUGUGAACUCUGCUUCUGAUGUUGGAGAUAGUCCACUUGAUGAGAACUUAUCUGGUUCUGGAGCUAUGAGAAGUGAAUUUCUGAGUGCAAUUUGCCAAGAAGUCAUGAAAGCAAUGAAAACCAAGCAAUCACAUGGUGAGGAUGUGGAUGGAACAUCCAGUUCCUUUGCAAAUUAUGCAGGACCCUUCUAAUUCAGUAUUGCUUGGUGCUGGCACAAGGAAACAAGGUUUAUACUAUUUUACCAAAACCACAGAUGUUAAAGGUGUAGAGGAUGUUGCUUAUGGUUGUAAUGCAGCAGCUAAUGUAGUAGAGGAUGUUGUUACUGAUAUGCACACAAGUGUUUUGCCAAAUAAAACUGCCACUAGUUUGUUUCAGUCUAAAGUUGAUAACAGAAAUAAACUAGAUCUUUUGCAUGCCAGAUUAGGGCAUCCUUCUUUGUCAAAAAUGAAGUUUGUCAAUGCUGCUUAUUGUAAAGGUGUUACAGAAUACAAUUGUGCUGUUU